AUGGCGGGCCCCGCCCGCCCAUCCUCGGACAACCUAGCGGGACCUCGACUGCCUCCUCACCCGGACACACCUGGCAGAUCUCGCCUGCCCGUCCUGGCACCCAUGGCGGGCCUAGCCCUCCCGUCCCAAGACCCAUGGCGGUCAUUGCGCCCGCCUGUCCCUGUACCCAAGGCGGGCCCUACCCUCCUGUCACGGGACCUGUGGCGGACCUCGCCCCUCCAUCUUGGUACCUGUGGCGGAACCCCACCCGACCAUCCCGUACCCGUGGUGGGACCUCGCCCGCCUGUCUUGCACCCGUGGCGGGCCUCGCCAUUCCAUCCCAGCACCCAUGGCCUGCCCGUCCCAGCAGGCAGCCCUUGCGGACCUCGCCCUCCUGUCCUGUCACCCGUGGUGGGUCUGCCCACCCAUCCUAGCACCCGUGGCAGACCUCACCUGUGCAUCCUGGCGGAACCGAGGCUUGCCCCACAUGUCCCGUCCCGGGACACCUGGUGGACCUCGCCCGCCCAUCCCAGCACCCGUGGUGGGCCCCACCCACCGCCCAUCGCGGGACGCCUGGCUGACCUUGCCCACCCAUCCCAGGACACCUGGCAGACCUCGCUCGCCCAUCCUGGGACCAGUGGCAGGCCUCACCCAUCAGUCCCGGACACCUGGAGACCUCACCUGCUUUCCUGGGACCUGUGGCGGGUCUCACCCACCAGUCCCAGCUGA